GCGGGUGGCCUGACUGAGCGGUUGUCAUCCGCCAGGCGCUGUGUUGUAGUGUGUGGAGAUGGAUUUAGUGCUAAAAAUGUGUUCGGCAAAGAGUAAAGUUGAAAUGACACGUGAGCUAACGAGUGAACAAUGGCAACACACGCUGUGGGGAAAGGUAUUUACGGACGAAGCCAAAGCCAGCAUCGAGAAACUGUUAGUGUUUACACGGUGAGGCAGCGAGCCAAGGAAGUACCAAUGCCUUGCCAGGUGCAGUUAAUUAUACCGUUGUCGGCUUUUGUUUUAAUUUUCUUCUUUUGCGGGUGCGGUUGUCCAAUAUGGCUUGCACGCUCCUCCGUAUCGUCCAGGCAGCAGUGAAUCUGAGGAGGAGGUUUGAAUGCGCAAUACAGUCCUCGUUCGAUUCCGUGGAGAGCGGCGACGUGGCGGAAGAACGGGAAGAUCAAGCCAACACCGAAGAAAAUGGACAAACUCAACCUGACGAAGAAGACAUGAACACAAGCGAACAGUUGUCCCAGAACUUUCAACUUUCCUUCGCUGAUGAGGAUGAAGCGAUUGAAACUCUAGGAAAGCCCAUUCAGACGGCCCGGAACGACCUUACUUCCCCCAAAAUGACGUUCAUUCGUUUUCAAAACAGUCGAGAUACGGAGGAUAUAGAAAACGAGGUUUAUAGCGAUGCCACAACCUCCAGCUCGAUUGAAAUUAUCGAAGAAAACGCGUUCGUCUCGGUAACCAAAGAAAGUGGGUGUGAAGCACAGACGAAAGAAAAUGACACGAGUCUCGCCGAACCCGAGAUCGGCCCGCUCACCGGAGAAGACACCGUGUGUGGCGCCAUUCCGAAAAUUCCUCUGGUGCAAGUUAAUGAAAUAAGUGGGUCAGACAGGAGUAGUGAUAGUGACAGUGAUAGUCGGUGUAGCAUCAAGUCUGUGAGGUUACGCUACGCUGACGCCGUCUCUCCCUCUAGCGGCUGCAAGCCACCUAAGCUAAUCCGAAGUGACGCUUGCGAAACAAAUGCAGAAAAGGAAUCGAAUAAUUUGCAAUGGAUUUUAUUGGUGAAAGAAUCGGGAUCAGAAUUAGUGAAAGAGAGUGACAAAGAAAAUGGGGAUAGUACCACCGAGAGUGAAACUGAUAAGUGCGAGUUUCUUGGGUAUUCUGAGUGGUUACUUAAGGGCAAGGAAAGCCUGGAGACGGGCAGCUCCUCGGACGAAAAUGACGCCAGUAAUGAGAGCCCUGAAACUAACGAAGAGGAGGAGGAGGAGGAGGAGGAAGAUCAGGACGAGGAGGACGAAGACAAUAACGACGACAGUGAAGACUAUCUUGAAGACGACGACGAACUCAUGCUUGACGAGUCAUUCGACGACUCGUUCGUGGACGACGGGUUCGUCAGCCUGGAGCUGGACGAGUACGACGACGACGUGAUUAUCGAGGAGAACGAGGAGGACCUGGAGAGAGAGAGGCUGGAGGAGCAGAUGCUGGAGAUGAGGAGACACCUCCAGCAAGGGGGUGGUCGCGGGGAGCAGGUGGAACACAGGAAGCUCAGCAGACAAUACAGUCCAGCAGUAUACUUGCCUGCUGGCCCCCUCCCUGGCAUCCCGGAGACGAAGGUGGUGCUGGAGGCCAAGGAGGAGACUACCACAGGUCGCCUCCGUCACCACUCCUCCAGGAGUGGACGCGGCAGCAAGAGGAGUCUGAGGUCGCCGCCCGUCCAGCGUCAGCGGUGUGUGCAGCUGGAGGGCGGUGAGGAGGAGGGGGCGGCGGCCACUCAGCAGGGCCGCGCCGCCCCCCGCCCGCACGCCCCUCCACCCGACCACAGAACCCACUCCAGGGACAUUGUCCUUGAGCUUGACGCCAUCCGCGGGACAACGGGCGCCUCGUCAGAAGUGCCGCUGGUGGUGGUAGCGACGGCUGAGGGCGGCACCCGCACGCACGCCCUCAGCCGCACGCGGAGCCGCCCCGCCCACCCGCCCACCUACGCCCACAGUGCCUCACCCGGGGACCCCUUGCCCAGGACCCACACAUAUCACAAAUACGGCAGCGCCAGCUUCGACCUGGCCAAGCCUUACGAGGGAGCCCGCGCCGCCUUCCACACCUCCCGCAGCAGCUUCGAGGGAGACCGCCGGCUCUCUAUGAGUGCCGCAGGCGGCAGAGGAGGGUGCGAGAGUGUCCUGCCGCCGCCCGCUUGCGACAAGAGUCCCGGGUCAGCGCGGCGGCUGCCCGCCAUGGAGGCGGGGUCGCCGCCCUGCAGCAGCAGCAGCAACAGCGACAGGACGCUGCAGGAGAACCUCCCUCGGGGAGGCUUCCGCCGCAGCAGGAGUGAGAGGGCGGGAGGCUCCUCGGUAGGAGCCUCUCCCGCCCGCAGCGAGUCUCUCAGAGUGAGCAGGAGCCGCGCCCGCCACCAGGAUGUGGAGAUGACGGAACUCUGCUCUCCCAGAAGACUCCACUCUUACGACGAGUACAGCAGCAGACUAGCGCCGGAGGGGAGCGUCAGCCCUGUGGGCGUUCCUGUGGGCGUGACGUCUGCGGCGAGGUGGAGAUCGGGCGGCCUGGCGGGACGGAGGCAAUCUUCCCUGGAGAGUUGUGAGCUGGAGGACCUCAUGGAGAACAGGAGAAAUGUGGAGCAGCGGCGUCUCCUCCUACAGGCGGACUCCACCACGCCUUCUGACGAGGACGAGGAGCCCAGGAGCAAGGUCCGCUACAACGACAUGGGCUCCCUCGAGCAGGUGAACGAGGAGAUGGCAGACCUCCUUGACGACUCUAGCGUCGCAUCUUCAGACAACCAGGAGAAGAUCAAGGUGCAGUGCCGCGCCUUGUGGCAGCUGAGAGCCACGCUGGAGGAGGAGGACCCCGAGGAGCCAGACUCUGACUCCACCAGGAUGGAGAUCCACAGUUCACCGGACCAUCACUCCCCGGGAAGAACGUCUGACCUCGAGAACGCCACCAGCGCCACCAGCCACACCACCUCCUUCGAGAGCAACACAGAGGCUACCGUGGGCGGCGAGACGGGCGUGGGCGGCGAGGCGGGAGAGACCGAGGAGGCCGAGGCUGAGGAGGAGGAGGAGGAGGAGGUGGAAGUAGUGCAGGACAGAGGCCAGGAGGCGGAGCCCCUGAACUCAAGCCUCACUCUGCCGUCGUCGGAGUCUAGACGAACCUCGUACAGGGCCAUCCUUGCUAAUAGGCUGAAGCACCUGGAUGCCUCCUCGCGGCCGCCGUUGUCGGCAGAAAACAGCUUCGACUCUGUGGACACUGAGUGUUCCUCCACAACGGACCUGAGCCGUCCCGAAGGUCUCACCACCAGCUUCGACUCAACCACGGACUGCCCCACUGACUCCACUAGUGACACCCACUCCAACCGCCUCCAGCAAAUGAAGGCAGACAGCGGCUAUCGAAGUCUGGAAGUCAACAACAGUCGUCCUCCUAAGUUGAGCAAAAAGCAAAUUCACUUCGUAGAAGAUAGUUUAGAAGUAACAGACGUGAACAUUGAGCGAGAUCGCAGUCGGGAGAGACACAGAGACCCCGACUACUUGUUUGACUCCCAGGAUGAUGUCUGUGAUCCACAGAGCAAGAGAGAGAGGCUUCGAAAGAGUGUCGCACAAUUCGAGAGACGCUGGGGGAAGUCUCACAGCAAAAAGCGAAGAGAAGCCCUUCGGGAAAGACAUGCUUCACUUGACACUGUACUGGGAGGUUCGUUGAGCGGUCCAUUCAUCGGUAUUGGAGGAUCGCUGGAAACCGAUGCCACCACUACCGACGAAAUAAGCGGGAAACGCUCCGUUCUGGCAAGAUUCCUCCGCACUCACCGAUACCCAGCUGCUCAUUACCGCCUGCUUCAGCGAGAUUACUCUAUUGACGAGAAAUCGGAUCGUUUAUUUAAAGAAUUCAGUCGCACAGAGAUUCCACUUGAGUGGGAAUCGGCGAGUAGGAGAUGUGGUCGCCUGUACACUGGGCGUCGUCUCCACCGUCACCUGGAGGCGGAGGGCUCGCCCAGAUCACACCGCCGCAAACUUUCCCCCCAGGACUCUAUCGAGGAGGAAGACCAGGUGGCAGCGGCGCUGUGGGAGAGUGAAGUGUCGAGACCAGAGUCUCUCGCUGGGUCCAUCGGUGGCGAGGACGUCCCUGCCUUUGCUCUCACCGAAGAAGUUGAAUGAAUAUGUGACUCCCUUUACUCACGUUAAACAUUAAUCUCGAUGAUUCUGAGCCAAG